CAGUAGGAGAAGAGCGACAGGCGGCGAGCGCAGCACUCGCAGCGGGGACGCGGUUUGAAAUCCGAUCCGGGCUAAUUUUUUUUUAACCCCCCUCCUCCUCCUCCUUCAGAGUACGGAGCUCCAAACUGUUUAGCGGGAGUUCGUGAGUCCAGCAGUUUCACACAGAGGAGCGCCUGAGCAGAGAGAGGAGCUCACAUCAGUCCGACCCGCGCCGCGCACCUCCGCCACAUUCCCCGCCGGUUAGUGGGACGAGGUGGACUGUGUACCAACUAACUGAGGCUUUCUUCUCAACUCUAACAGUCAAACCCGGCACAGGCGGAGAGAGGAGCUGAAGUUUAUUUGGACUGAUCCGUACGGAAGAGUUGAACACGGCUGAUCUUUAGUGCAUCUUAGCUGGACUCAUUGGACUAUCCACCUUCUCAAGAACCAGCUGUGCAGUUCAUGGUGAUUUCUAAUUGCUGAGGAUUACUGGCAACACGGGAGAUUUUCGGGUGGCAAGUGGACCAGCGACAUCUGUGUGAGAGUGCUUGAGUGUGUGUGUGUGUGUGUGUGUGUGUGUGUGUGUGUGGCAGCACUACGUUGACAUCAUGUGUAGGACUGUGGAAGAUGUGUGAGUCUGGUGUCUGUGGCGAGGAGCCUGGGCCACGACGGCUCCUGGCUGGGAUGAUGGCGCUUUGCCUUCUCCUCUACCUCACCUCCAUUGUCCCAUCAGUGCACAGCGCUCACCUGCCCUCGGCACAGCCCACAGACUGGCGCUCGAGCGAGACGGAGAUGGAGCUGGAGACGGAGGUGUUUCUAGAGGACUACGUGGUGGCCGUGGGGGACUCGUUGGACCUUCAGUGUAACGCGCCAAACUUCCUGAUGUCUGUCACGUGGCAGAAAGAUGGCAGCAUUGUGCUCCCUGGCAACCGAACGCGGCUGAGCCACAAGGCACUGCACGUCAACAACGUCUCAUACGACGACUCGGGUGUCUACUCCUGCCGAUACGAACAGGGCAAGGCGCUGCUCGGCAACUAUACUGUCAGAGUCACCGAUUCCCUCUCAUCUGGUGAUGAUGAAGAUUAUGAUGAGGAGCCAGACGAUGCAGGUAAUGGAAAUGAGGCGCCGUACUGGACCCGCCCGGACCGGAUGGAGAAGAAGCUGUUGGCUGUCCCUGCUGCCAAUACGGUGAAGUUCCGCUGUGCUGCGGCAGGGAACCCCACCCCCACCAUCCACUGGCUGAAGAAUGGCAAAGAGUUUAAGGGCGAGCAGAGGAUGGGAGGGAUUAAGCUGCGGCAUCUGCAGUGGAGUUUGGUAAUGGAGAGUGCUGUUCCGUCAGACAGAGGCAACUACACAUGUGUAGUGCAGAACAAGUAUGGGACGAUCACACACACUUACCAGCUUGAUGUACUGGAGCGUUCUCCUCACCGGCCCAUCCUGCAAGCAGGUCUGCCAGCCAAUCAGACGGUGGUGGUGGGCAGUGAUGUAGAGUUCCACUGUAAGGUGUACAGUGAUGCACAGCCUCAUAUCCAAUGGCUCAAACACACUGAGGUGAACGGCAGCCGAUUUGGCCCCAACGGAACACCAUACGUUACUGUCCUAAAGACUGCUGGCAUUAACACUACGGAUAAGGAGCUGGAGGUUCUGAUCCUGACCAACGUGUCCUUUGAGGAUGCGGGCGAGUACACAUGUCUUGCGGGGAACUCUAUAGGUUAUACCUAUCACUCAGCUUGGCUUAUCGUUCUACCAGCUGUAGAAAUGGAGAAAGAGGACGACUACGCCGACUUCCUGAUCUACGGAACGGGCUGCGUGCUUUUUAUCCUCACGGUGAUCAUCAUCAUCCUCUGCCGCAUGCGUAUGAACACGCAAAAGACGCUUCCCACACCUCCUGUACAGAAGCUCUCCAAAUUCCCCCUCAAGAGACAGCAGGUGUCCUUGGACUCCAAUUCCUCCAUGAAUUCAAACACCCCCCUGGUCAGGAUCGCCCGCCUGUCGUCCAGCGAUGGACCAAUGCUGCCCAAUGUCUCAGAGCUAGAACUGCCAUCAGACCCCAAGUGGGAGUUUCCUCGCUCGAGGCUAACACUAGGGAAAGCUCUUGGUGAAGGCUGCUUUGGGCAAGUUGUGAUGGCUGAAGCCAUCGGUGUUGAUAAAGAGAAACCCAACAAGCCAAUCACAGUGGCAGUCAAGAUGCUCAAAGACGAUGGCACUGACAAGGACCUGUCUGACCUGGUGUCUGAAAUGGAGAUGAUGAAAAUGAUCGGCAAACACAAGAACAUCAUUAACCUGCUUGGGGCAUGCACACAAGAUGGUCCUCUCUAUGUGUUGGUGGAAUAUGCCUCCAAAGGGAACCUGAGGGAGUAUCUGCGUGCCCGGAGGCCUCCCGGUAUGGACUACUCGUUUGACACCUGUAAGAUUCCAGACGAGACUCUCACUUUUAAGGACCUGGUGUCCUGUGCCUACCAAGUAGCCAGAGGCAUGGAGUACUUGGCCUCCCAGAAGUGUAUCCAUAGAGACCUAGCGGCCAGGAACGUUCUGGUUACGGAGGAUAAUGUGAUGAAAAUUGCUGACUUUGGUCUGGCCAGAGACGUGCACAACAUAGACUACUACAAAAAGACCACCAAUGGUCGUUUGCCCGUUAAAUGGAUGGCACCGGAGGCUCUGUUCGACCGGGUCUACACACACCAGAGCGACGUCUGGUCAUACGGAGUGUUGCUAUGGGAGAUCUUCACUCUGGGAGGAUCGCCGUACCCUGGCAUCCCUGUCGAGGAGCUCUUCAAGCUGCUCAAGGAGGGCCAUCGAAUGGACAAACCUGCCAACUGCACUCAUGAACUGUAUAUGAUCAUGCGUGAGUGCUGGCAUGCUGUUCCGUCUCAGAGACCCACAUUCAGACAGCUGGUGGAGGAUCACGACAGAGUUCUCUCCAUGACAUCAACUGAUGAGUAUUUGGAUCUCUCUGUACCGUUUGAACAGUACUCUCCCACCUGUCCAGACUCUAACAGCACCUGCUCCUCCGGAGAUGACUCCGUGUUUGCUCACGAUCCCCUGCCUGACGAGCCGUGCCUCCCGAAACACCACCACAGCAACGGCGUCAUACGGACAUAGAGGCUUGAAACACUACAGCAGCAGCAUUAUACGGGUGUAACCAGCUUAUACACGACAGCGGACAUCAACACGUGCUAAAAUCCGUCGUAAUAACGGCAUUAACACCCUUAAGAGGAAGGUGAAGAGGGCUGAGGGGUCGAAGACAGGUCACCCUUCAAUCCCCUGAUAAACAUCCAGAUAAGGAGGAGGCUCAGUGUUGCCAGACCAAACGAAUUCACUCGGCUCACUGCGAAGUUCGAGUGGGGAACGAAAGCUUAGUGUAGACUACAUCAAGGCUACCAUCACCACAUUUCCUCUUCCUCAUGCCCUUCUUCCAUUUAUAAGCUGACAUUCUGCUUUUUGAUUCAUGAUUUUUUUUUUUUAAAGAGAAUUCCUAUUUUUCUACUCUGCCAGUUUAUUUUUUCUUUAACGCUUGGCAGUUUUAAGGGUGAAACCAUUCCGUGCCUAUUGAACAAACACAGAACCAGUGGAACAGUGGGGACUUAUUAUACAGUACCUACAUAUUAGAGUGACACCCCGAGUGUCAUUCCAUGUAGGACAACUUGGAGCUGAUGGGAAAAUAUUUGAUUUGUGUGAGAAUCAAACUUAAACCAUUGCUUUCAAACACAUGGCCAGUUUCGUUUGUUUUGGGUUUUUUUUUUCAACUAUUACUUCUUUUUCUUUUUUCUUUUUUCACGAGAACUUCUGACAUGCCGAUCUUUUAAAGGAGAUGUGAGAUUUAAUUUGAGGAAAUGUAAUUGUGUGUUUUGUAUGUAUCAAAAUUUUCUAUUGUAAAUAUACAGAUAUAAAUAUGUAUCAUAUUGCAGUCCACAGCAGUGUAUGUAAGAGAAAAGAUUUGAUUUAAAAAAUAAUAAUAAUAAUAAUAGUUUUUAAAAAAAAAAAAACAAUGCAUUGCAAAUGAGCAUACAUUGUUGAGGUCAUGUAAACAUUUAAUCUUAAAAAGCGAAAAGUUUUAUUUGAAUUAACAUGUAUAUUUGUAAAGAUAUUUAUAGACUUAACAUAAUGAUUUUAAGGUCUAAAAUUAUAGUCUAGGGUUUUGGUACUGUAAACAAAGGGUUGGUUUUUUUUUUUGUUGUUGUUGUUGAGUUUCAUUUUGUAAGUUAUUUACCACAGAGGUGCAGCAUUUUCUCAGCCAGUGGAUUUGUUUUUUGUGUUUUUUUUUCUCUCUCUUUAUUUUCUUUUGUGUUCCAUCUCUUUGUUUACAGUGGCAAGAAUGUAUAAACACUAUUGGCAGCGUAAGAACCAGCAUAAUGCCAUGAACCAGACAUUGAGUUCUGAGAUGAAAUGCGAGUGCCACAUGUUUUACAUUGUGUCGACUGUGAUGUCAGUGUUAAUAUCUGUUCUACAGGGACCACACAUGAUUGUUCUCUGGAGAAGAAAUUGUCAGACUUCUGAGAGCUAAAGAAUUCACAAUUUGUACACAAUUUCCCGAUAAUCCCCCCCCCACCCCCCAAAAAAAGAAGGAAAUAAUGCAGGGAUUUUAAGUUUGUCCAACAAAAGUAUUACAGAAAACGAAAAACGUUUUACAGAAGGGACAGCCUUCUCAGAGAAUGAACACUGUGGCCCUGUAUGGCCUCUUUGAUAUGAAGGAAUGCUUUGUGGUUAAAACCCAAAUGGCAUCAAUUAAGAUAUGGUGAAACCAUUUUCUAAAAGUGUGUUUUAUGAUCGCUAUUUUUCAUUUGCGCUAAAAGAAAAGUGUGAAAUACUGCGAGGUAUCUUCCAUCACUAUAUUUGUACAAAGUGCCAAAAUCUUCCAUCUGCCAAACGUUUCUGUUCUAGGUCCGUUAACGAGUCCAGAUUCUUUCUUCCUCUUCGAUCUGAGAGUGUGUUGCUGAUAUGUGAUUUGUCUCUUGCUUUGUGAGUCAAACAAUGCAUUGUGGGAAGGUUUGGUUGUGUCUCAGGGUGUCCUUAGACAAUUGUGCAUGAACUGGCAAUAAUGUAUAAAGGGACAAAUCGAGAGACAAGGUGAUGCACUUGCUGCUAAAACAAACAAACAAACAAACAAAAAAUAUGUAGAUUUAAUAUCUGAGGAGUGUGAAGCUCUUUCUCUGUCCCGUCAAAGUUAUUAUGAUCGGCCCAUUUUCUAUUCAUCAAGUGCCUGGCCCAUAGGGAGGGUUUGAUGUUUUGCUAGAGGUUUUGAAUGUACAGCCACAGCAGCAGAGACUUAACCAGGGUGUUUCUUUAAAAAAAUAUUUCGUAAAGCACUUCUUUACUGUUGUUGGAUUGCAGCACCCAAAACAUUCAUUGGGAAAGUUCCAUCUCUUCUUCUUCCAAUCGACAGAGUCCCUCAAAAAAAAAAAGAGAGCGCUCAGCAUUUACUUAUUGAAACACACUCUUUCUCCUGAAUGGCUCUCCUCAGUAUGACCUUUAACCUCUUGUUCACCUAAGAAAUUCCCCUAUGCUCUACUACUGAAGGCCCCACACCCCCACCAGCACUGCGAUGCUGGUCCUUUCCCCGCAAAUAUUUAUUGUAUUUAUAAUUUAGUUUGUUAAGAUGUGCAUACAACAGUGUUGGUUUUGUAACACUUUUGUAAUCUAAGAUGGAGGUCGUACCAAGACGUGUUUUGGGGUUGAAGAGGGUUCAAUUCCAAUGAUAAUGUUUACAUUCUCUUCCAGACAUCAUGCUUUUCCUGCCGCUUUUGAACUGGCUGGAAUGAUUAGCAAUACGGUCUAAUGACCACAUUAUUAUUAUUAUUAUUAUUAUUAUUAUUAUUAUUAUUAUUAUUAUUAUUAUUCACUUGACUUUAAUGUGUCCUUUCUUUUAGCUCUAUGUGAUAGUGCCAUUCAGCUCUUAUUAGAGAAUAUUACAGUGAAAUGACCGUUUUAAUUUGCAGAUUUAUUAUCAUGCAUUGAGUAGAUUUGAUAUAGUUUUGAUGAUUUUUAACUAGGAGUGAAAGUGAUCUUUGCAGUAUUUUCUCACAAAGGAAGUUGGUCCAACAGUGCAUUCCAUGUAGACUUUUUGGAGGAAAUAAAGUUUGCCGAAUUAAAGUAGCAGGUCAUUCAGCCUCGUUCUGUUUCUCUCACCUUCUAACAUAGAGACGUGUGCAAACAAAGUUUACUAACGAUUUGAUAUGAAUGCCUUCUUGUAUUUUUCCUCCAUGUCCCUGUUCUGAGAACAUUCCACUGUAUUUCAGUUUCACCCACAGCGGUGAACUCCUCCAUACUUACAGUCUGUGCCUGGCAAAACAUUGCUAUUCAUUAAAAGAAUUUUCAAUAAACACAUUACAUUAAAAUGGU